CAAAAAAAAAAAAAAAAAGAAGAAGAAGAAUUUAAAAACGUUAUUUCUUUUAAUUGCUUUAUUGGCCAUGUGUGGUAGUGCAUACCUGUAAUCCUAGCACUCAGGAGACUGAAGCAGGCAUAUUGCCAUGUUCGAGGCCAAGGUCAGCUUGAACUACACAGCGAGACUCUGUCUCUAAAUAAAAAAAUAAAGUUGCCUUUCUCACAAAUUUAAAAUCUGGAGACGCCCUUUUCUCACCCAACGUUUUUAUAAAUAUGGAUACAAUAGCGAGUUAAAAGGUCCUGUUAAAAACGGUCAAAACAAGCCGGGCGUGGUGGCUCAUGCCUGUAAUCCCAGCACUUGGGAGGCUGAGGUAGGAGGAUCGUUGCGAGUUCGAGACCAGCCUGGGCUACAAAGUGAGCUCAAGGCCAGCCUGAACUGCACAGCAAGACUCUGUCUCAAAAAGACAAAAAAAAAAAAAAAAAAGGUCAAAUCGGCUUGAACUACAGUCUGCUGGAAAAGCACGAGGCGUCCUCCUAACAACUCAAAAUCGUCAUUGCUUCAAAUCUCAGCCUAUCCAUACUGACUGUGGUAGUUAAAAAAAAACUCAGCCUAAAGGGUCACAGAAGCAGGAAAUCUGUUUUGCAAAUUAUUUAAAUCAAAGCUUUUAGAUGCAGUUGGCAGUUCAUGUACAUUAUUAUUUAAUUUUCCUUGUUAGCCUUUAAUGUAAAUCCACAGAAAAACUUUUAAACCUAAGCGGCUUGACGAAAACCAAAUUAUCUCUUUUCCCUGGAGAACAUCUGGUUUCUUACUACCAAGCCGGUGUCUGGCAAUGCAAUUGUAAGCGCCGUGGUUUGUCGGCGCACACAGCAGGCAGAGUGUGGGCUCUCAGAGACAAUGCACCCUCGUUUGGGGCCGAGAUCUUUGCCGGCGAAAUCAGCGCUGCGCCACCAGGGGGUGCCAUCGGAGAGUGGGGCGCCUCCGCCCGCGGCGAGAGAGGCGCGGCGCGGCCACCCGGGAGCUCCGCUGUUGCUGAAAGCCCCACCCUCGGCGUCUCCGCCCGGAGAGCGGUCUGAGGACACCCAUUCUGCAGAUGGCAUAGAGGAGAUGAACCAGGAUUUCAACCUAGAUCUCUUUGAUUCUGUAACCUGGAAAAUUUCUAUCGCAGGACCAUGGCGCCUGCAGCAGCAGAGGGAGAGAAGGGGUCUCCGAUUGUGGUGGGGCUGCUGGUCGUGGGCAACACCAUUAUUCUGCUAUCAGGCCUUGCUCUGUUUGCCGAGACAGUAUGGGUGACAGCCGACCAGUACCGCGUGUACCCGCUGAUGGGUGUCUCAGGCAAGGAUGAUGUCGUCGCUGGUGCCUGGAUCGCCAUCUUCUGUGGCUUUUCCUUCUUCGCGGUGGCCAGCUUCGGUGUGGGAGCAGCACUCUGCUGCCGCCGGUCCAUGAUCCUCAUGUACCUGGUGCUCAUGCUCAUCAUCUACAUCUUUGAGUGCGCCUCCUGCAUCACUUCCUACACCCACCGAGAUUACAUGGUGUCCAACCCAUCCCUGAUCACCAAGCAGAUGCUGACCUUCUACAGUGCCAACACAGACCAAGGCCAGGAGCUGACUCGCCUUUGGGACCGCAUGAUGAUCGAGCAAGAGUGCUGCGGCACGUCUGGUCCCAUGGACUGGGUGAACUACACAUCAACCUUCCGGGCGGCCACUCUGGAGGCGGUGUUCCCCUGGCCCCCGCUGUGCUGCCGCAGGACAGGAAACUUCAUUCCCCUCAAUGAAGAGGGCUGUCGAGUGGGCCACGUGGACUACCUGUUCAUCAAGGGUUGCUUCGAGCACAUCAGCCAUGCCAUCAACAGCUACACGUGGGGCAUCUCAUGGUUUGGGUUUUCCAUCCUGAUGUGGACGCUCCCCGUGAUGCUGAUAGCCAUGUAUCUCUACACCACGCUCUGAGGGACGAGAGGCAGAGGCCACACUUGCCCCUUGGCCUCUGGGCCUCCUCCUCCUGCUUCCUUCCACUGGGCCUGCACGGUUGCCUCACCUCCCUGUCCACCUCCCGCCUGACCCCCUUCUGCACCUCGGACCCUGGUCCCCAGCUGGUCUCAGCUGCUCCCUGUCGCUCCCUGGCCUUCUUCUGUGUGUCAGGCAUUACCAGUGUUCCCAACCAGUUUGGGAUUGUCUGUCUAAGCUCUUGAAGACUGGGAUUGCCACAUGAGGAGGGCCACAUUCUGUCACAGUCACUGUCCUGUCCCCACUGUCAGUCAGUAAAGGGCUGAGUGUGGACGGGAUGCUCAAUAAAUACAAGCUGACUGAA